AUGGCAGCGAAUCGGGGAGUGACCGUCUUUGUCCUGCUGCUGUACUGCUGUCACAGAGCUGAGCAGCCGGCCCGCAACACUUCAGGUACAGUCACAGUGGACAGAUGGGCUGAUGAAAUUCUAGUCCAAGAGAUACUGAAUCCAAAUAAAUCAUCCAGGGCUGAAACGUCCAGGACAGCAGCAACGAUAUCAACAACAAUACCCAAGAGAAAAGGGCCCAGGAACCACCAGCCUCCCACCCCUACCCCUGGGUCUGACCCUAGAACACUAGGCCUAGAGGAGCUGGCAGGAAUGUUGUCCCUGCAGACAGGUGGAUGGCAGAAGGUAUCCAGUGCUAAUGAUAGUUACCAAGUCAGUGGUCCUGAGGAGUAUGAAAAAAAUAACUCAAAAAUUAAUCACCAUGAACAUUUAUCAAUUCUGGACAAAAUCCUCAAAAAAAUUGGAAAAUUUUCAGGAAAUCUUUCCCGUAAAUUGAAGAAGACGAAGGAGGCUCGAAGAGCAGAGAGUGGUCAGCACGACCAUAAACUCCGAGAGAUCUCCGUAAAGCAAGAAAUUCUGACUGAAUGA